UACUGCUGACUCGCGAACCGACACGGCAGUGCAGCUCCACGCGUAUGAACGCGCCCGGCGCGGAAUGGAUGCGGGGUCUGUGGCGGCGACCGGAGGGACUUUCGUUACCCUGAGCGAGAACGAGCAGAGAUAUUACUCCGGGCUUCACGCGCUGUGCCGGGCGGACAGCUCAGGAAACUGUCUGCGGCCAAAGUGGCGGAGCUUUUUCCGCGCGUCGCAGCUGCCGACCGAAGCGCUGCACCAAGUGACGGAGGUGUGUGGUGCUAAGCGCCUGGGCUACUUCGCUAGUGGUCAGUUCUAUGUAGCGCUGAAGCUGCUCUCUGCAGCCCAGGCUGGCCUUCCCGUGUGUCUGGACAGCACCUCGGGCGAGCUGCCUCUGCCAAUGUUUGUGGGUAUAAACAGUGAAGGGGAGGGUCUCAACCCAAACCUCAACCCUGCUACAGGCUCCGCCCCCCGGCCCACAGCAGACAGACCUACACUCAAACAUGCAGACCCCAGCACAGACGCACAGGAGUCUCGGUCCCCAGUCCAGUGGUCUCCCCUGAGCCCAUCACACUCACCGGCAGCCCAUCACAGCUACACACGUGCCAUGCCAAGAAAUGGAACCGACUCUCUGUUGGGUGUUGGUCAGGAGCACCUCUCCCCAUGUCACUACACUCUUAAACCAGCACCAGAGCCCCUGGCGCUCACACAGGCUGUGUCUGUAGAGGGCCCGGUGGAGCACUCUGAUGACCCCUGGAGGAUGACUACAGAACAGCAGGACUACUACACCCACCAGUUCCACAGCCUGCAGCCUGACCUGGGCGGUCUCAUCCUGGGCGCUGUGGCCAAAAACUUCUUCACCAAGUCCAAGCUCCCCAUCCCAGAGCUCUCUCAUAUCUGGGAGCUGAGCGAUGAGGACCGGGACGGCGCCCUCAGCUUCCCAGAAUUCUGCACUGCCUUUCACCUGGUGGUGGCGCGGAAGAACGGCUACCCUCUACCCGAGUGCCUCCCACCCACGCUUGUGGCAGCCAGUAGGGGGCAGAGUCUCCCCCUGCCAGCCCAGGAAAUGGGUGUUGUGAGCCAGCAGGAAGCUAAAGAGAGCAUGCCUCAACAAGAAUUCAGUCCCAAGAGAACCGCUGCACAAGACCAGCCUUUACUGCAAACCAGCACUUUAAAACCAGACCUUCCACAGGAGCUGGAGCUUAAUGUGAAGUCGAGAGCCCGACCCAGGUCUUAUUCCAGCACCUCCAUAGAUGAUGCUAUGAAGAAGGUGGAGGACCCCCCCACUCCUCCACCGCGCCCUCACAAGACUCACUCCCGCGCCUCCUCCCUCGACCUCAACAAACUCCUCCAGCAGAGUAGCCAGGGUGUGAAGAGCCUGACCCAUCCACCUGCCCUUCCACCGCGGCCACCAGUAUCCCAGAUGACCCACUUCCUCCCUGACAAGAACUCCCAGCAGACCUUGCAGCAGCACUGCUUUGCAGACUUUAGCAAACUCAGAGAAGAGGAGGAGGCAGGUGUAGCCCUGGAGACUCUGAGGUCACAGGACCCAGGUGCACCUAAGACCGACUCCACAGUGCCCUCUCACAAUCACGUCCCUCAGAAGCCGGUGCGUCGGAAGCUCCACCCAGAAGGCCAGAAUGCCACACCCCCACUGGGCUCUGCCUACUCAAGCCCCGCCCCUGCCACUGUAUCUAAACCAACCCAAAGACUGCCUGCCAGACAGAAGAGAGAGAUUCAGACGGCCAUCCGCAAGAACAGAGAGACCAACGCUGUACUGACCCGCCUUAACAGUGAGCUACAGCAACAGUUAAAGGAGGUUCAUCAAGAGAGACUUUCCCUGGAGUCUCAGUUGGAACUGCUUCGUACUGUGGCCUCCACUUGACCUCCCUACUCGCGCGUGCACACCCACACACACACACACACACACACACACACACACACACACACACACACACACACACAUACUUGGAGGUUCCAGAUGAAACAGAGCAAAAGAGUUUAUCACUUCAUUGGAAUUUUAAAGGUCCAUAUAGGACUGCAAUUUAUACUAUUGGGUAGGAGGACACACCCCUGCCUAUCAUGUGUGCGCACACACACACACACACACACACACCCUCUCGAACACAUGCUGACCAAGCUGGUGGAGCUUUAG